UACAGAAAAUGUUGCUCGUUAUUGAUUAUGGUGACCAUUCAGUUCUUCCCGAGCCACCCCAAACAAUCAUUCAUUUUCCAGCCGAGAGCCUGCUCAUUUGCAAGAUAAAAGGGAGACAUUUCUGCACAUGCCCAUAAUGCUCUUCACCACUGGGGGCAGCUUUACAUAAGACUGCAUUCACGGAAACCAAAGCAACAGUCCGAGCAGCUUUCAGAAUGACAGUCUGCAGAAGUGAGCUGAGCGUGUGCGCGGUCCCGGGCUCUCCUGCCUUCCGGGCUCCAAGGCAGCUCUGUGGCUGAACCGGGCGCUCACCGCCAGACAUGCUGGGCUUUGGAAUACAGAUGUGGCAGCUCAGGUAGCCCCACGUCCCCGGGAGGAAUACAUCAUGCUUCCUGAUAAGAAGAAAUUGUAGACGCCAGUUGCUUUUUUUUUUUUUAACACCCCCCCCCAGUUCCCUCCUCCCCCUCCAAAAAAACCUGUAAAGAUGCAAAAACGUAAUAUCCAUGAAGAUCCUAUUACCUAGGAAGAUUUCGAUGUUUUGCUGCAAAUGCGGAGUUGGGAUUUAUUUGUUCUUGGAGUGUUCUGCGUGGCUGGCAAAGAAUAAUGUUCCGAAAUCGGUCCAUCUCCCAAGGGGUCCAAUUUUUCUUCCUGGGUGUCAGCGAGCCCUGACUCACUACAGUGCAACUGACAGGGGCUGUCACGCAAGUGGCCCCCUAAGCCAAAGCAAAGACCUAAGGACGACCUUUGAACAAUACAAAGGAUGGGUUUCAAUGUAAUUAGGCUACUGAGCGGAUCAGCUGUAGCACUGGUGAUAGCCCCCACUGUCUUACUGACAAUGCUUUCUUCUGCCGAACGAGGAUGCCCUAAGGGCUGUAGGUGUGAAGGCAAAAUGGUAUAUUGUGAAUCUCAGAAAUUACAGGAGAUACCCUCAAGUAUAUCUGCUGGCUGCUUAGGUUUGUCCCUUCGCUAUAACAGCCUUCAAAAACUUAAGUACAAUCAGUUUAAAGGGCUCAACCAGCUCACCUGGCUGUACCUUGACCAUAACCAUAUCAGCAAUAUUGAUGAGAAUGCUUUUAAUGGAAUACGCAGACUCAAAGAGUUGAUUCUGAGUUCCAACAGGAUCUCCUAUUUUCUCAACAAUACCUUCAGACCGGUGACCAAUUUACGGAACUUGGACCUGUCCUAUAAUCAGCUGCAUUCUCUGGGAUCCGAGCAGUUUCGGGGCUUGAGGAAGCUGCUGAGUUUACAUUUGAGGUCGAACUCCCUGAGAACCAUCCCUGUGAGAAUAUUCCAGGACUGCCGCAACCUGGAACUUUUGGACCUGGGAUAUAACCGGAUCCGGAGUUUAGCCAGGAAUGUCUUCGCUGGCAUGAUCAGACUCAAAGAGCUUCACCUGGAGCACAAUCAAUUUUCCAAGCUCAACCUGGCCCUUUUCCCAAGGUUGGUGAGCCUUCAGAACCUGUACUUGCAGUGGAAUAAAAUCAGUGUCAUAGGACAGACCAUGUCCUGGACCUGGAGCUCAUUACAAAGGCUUGAUUUAUCAGGCAACGAGAUCGAAGCUUUUAGUGGACCCAGUGUCUUCCAGUGUGUCCCGAAUCUGCAGCGCCUCAACCUGGAUUCCAACAAGCUCACAUUUAUUGGUCAGGAGAUUUUGGAUUCUUGGAUAUCCCUCAAUGACAUCAGUCUUGCCGGGAAUAUAUGGGAAUGCAGCAGAAAUAUCUGCUCCCUGGUGAACUGGCUGAAAAGUUUUAAAGGCCUGAGGGAGAACACCAUCAUCUGCGCCAGCCCCAAAGAGCUGCAGGGAGUCAAUGUGAUCGAUGCCGUCAAGAACUACAGCAUCUGUGGCAAAAGUACCACGGAGAGAUUUGAUCUGGCCAGGGCCCUCCCCAAGCCCACGUUCAAGCCCAAGCUCCCCAGGCCGAAGCACGAGAGCAAGCCCCCUCCGCCCCCCACGGUGGGGGCCACGGAGCCCAGCCCAGAGACCGAUGCUGACACGGAGCACAUCUCUUUCCAUAAAAUCAUCGCAGGGAGCGUGGCCCUGUUCCUGUCCGUGCUCGUCAUCCUGCUGGUGAUCUACGUGUCCUGGAAGCGGUACCCGGCCAGCAUGAAGCAGCUGCAGCAGCGCUCCCUCAUGCGAAGGCACAGGAAGAAGAAGAGACAGUCCCUCAAGCAGAUGAAUCCCAGCACCCAGGAGUUUUAUGUAGAUUACAAGCCCACCAACACCGAGACCAGCGAGAUGCUGCUGAAUGGGACGGGACCCUGCACCUAUAACAAAUCGGGCUCCAGGGAGUGUGAGAUUCCUUUAUCGAUGAAUGUGUCAACCUUCCUGGCAUACGACCAGCCCACAAUAAGUUACUGUGGGGUGCAUCAUGAACUUCUCUCUCAUAAGUCCUUUGAAACGACGGCACAGGAAGAUACGAUGGAAACACACCUAGAGACUGAGCUGGACCUGAGCACAAUCACGGCAGCCGGCCGCAUCAGUGAUCAUAAACAGCAUCUGGCUUAACUGCGCUACAUGGCCGAGGGCGGCCACCAAACUUUGUAACCUCAAGGACAAAAUGAGGAAGAUUUGUUCGGUGUGGACUCUAAAAAUGAAACAAAAAAAAAUCCCCUGUUAAACAAAAAUCCAAGAUUGAUUCAUGAAAUAAAGAAGACAUUAAUUGUUUCAAGUCUAUACUUUGUAAUUAGCUAAGUUGUGCAGUAUUUUUUUUUACUUAAACAGAGUAUUUCCCUGAAAGAAAAAAAAAAAUCUUUUUCCUCCUAAACUCAUCCUACCUAUCUGUAAAAACUGUACAGAGCUAAUGUAUUUUUCAUAUUGUAAAAUUUCAAUUAUACAAAUGACUGGUAGUAUGGACAGUACCAUAAUUUAAUUACAGUUUACUUUACAAACUUUACACAUUUCCGUUUCUAAAAUUUUAAUUAACAAGAAAUUAUUUCCUGUGUUAUUCAGAGUUACUCCGUUUUGUAGGGACUGUUUUGUUACUGCUUUUGUGCCCAGAAACACCUUGACUAAAAUUCUGUGCUGUCGAGGAACAUGCACGAUUUUUUAUCAUGCUUACUGCGUAGAAAUUUUAUCUACUUGUUCCAGAAAUAAUACAUUAACCAAAAAGGGUUUCAUUGUUGAGACUUGUUAAGAAGUUCUUCAAUUACAUAGCCAGGUUUUUUCUUAUAAAUGGAAAAAAA